AUGAGCAAUAGUGAAACUGAAUCAGAACUUCAAUCUCAUUCAACUACUCCAGAUGAAUUAAAUAAAGAAGUUGAUGAUGAAAAUGAACACCAAUCUUUUUUAGAUAGAAAUGAAAUAGAACUUCCUUUAUUUACUGAUGAAUUAAAAGAUGAAACAAUUGAUUAUUUCCAUCCAAAAUGUAUUCAGUGUGAAAAUAUUUAUUCAAAUGAUAACAUAUUUUUUAAAGAAACAACAACAGUUAGUGAAAUACCUUCAUUUAAACCAUCUUUAAGAUAUAAUAAAUCUCGUGGUAGUUAUCAUUAA